GCAGCUCUUAAAACCCUCUCUCCCCACUUUCCAUUUUCUUCCCUCUCAUUCUCUCUCUCUCUAUCCAUUUCGUACAAUUUCUCUAAUUACUUACUUACAAUUUCUCAUAAAAAUUUAAGCUUUUUCCUUUUAUGAAUCUUGAUUUUCAUACCACAUAGCAAACUAAUUUUAAAAUUAGGUCAAACAUGAAGAGAAAACCCUAGCUCUUAAGCAAAACCCUAAUUUCCUUCAACCCUUUUCUUGUUUUUUCAAAGACUCAAUUUUUUUUUCUUUUUGUUGUGGGGUUGUUAAAAAUUGCGUGAAGACAAAGAUAAUAUGGAAAAUACGGUACCUAGAACUGUAGAAGAAGUAUUUAACGAUUUCAAAGGUCGUAGAGCUGGUUUAAUCAAAGCACUUACCGCAGAUGUUGAGAAGUUUUACCAGCAGUGUGAUCCUGAAAAGGAGAAUUUGUGUCUCUACGGGCUUCCCAAUGAAACAUGGGAAGUAAACCUCCCUGUGGAGGAGGUUCCUCCAGAACUUCCGGAGCCUGCAUUAGGUAUUAAUUUUGCACGUGAUGGAAUGCAAGAGAAAGACUGGUUAUCACUUGUCGCUGUUCACAGUGAUUCAUGGUUGCUUUCAGUUGCUUUUUACUUUGGUGCACGGUUUGGGUUCGGCAAGAGUGAAAGGAAGAGGCUUUUCCAAAUGAUAAAUGAUCUCCCAACAGUGUUUGAGGUUGUAACUGGAGCUGCUAAACAGGCGCGCGAUGCUGCUCACAACAAUAGCAGCAAAAGCAAAUCAAGUGGAAAGUCUCGACAUCCAGAGUCCCAGCCCAAGGCAGCAAAGGUGUCUCCACCCAAAAUGGAGGAUGAAAGUGGGGAGGAGGAAGAAGAAGAAGAUGAACAAGGGGCAACUCUCUGUGGAGCUUGUGGUGAUAAUUAUGGCCAAGAUGAAUUCUGGAUUUGUUGUGAUAUUUGUGAAAGAUGGUUCCAUGGCAAAUGUGUGAAGAUUACUCCAGCAAAAGCUGAGCAUAUCAAGCAGUACAAGUGUCCUAGUUGCAGUAGCAAGAGAGCUAGAGUUUAAUUUGUGGCAACUUUAAAAGAAGCAUCAAUCAAGUGGUGAUGUUGGAACGUCUAGGACUUCUAGUUCAGUUAUCAAUUGUCAUCUGUGUCAAAGUUAAAUGUUUGCUGAUGCGAUGUCCAUUUCAUGAACAUUUGCUUUCUGUUAUCUUGUUGGAUUGUGUUUUAGAUAAAAUUUGUGCCUGUGAUCA